AUGGUGAAGUUUCUGAAGCAAAACAAGGCGGUUAUCAUUCUCCAGGGGCGGUACGCCGGUAAGAAGGCCACCAUUGUGAAGAACUUCGACGAUGGUACGCGCGACCGUCCCUACGGCCACUGCCUCGUCGCCGGCAUAGCCAAGUAUCCGAGCAAGGUGAUCCGCAAGGACUCGGCUAAGAAGCAGGCCAAGAAGUCGCGCGUGAAGGCCUUCGUCAAGGUGGUCAACUACAACCACAUCAUGCCCACGCGCUACACCCUGGACGUGGAUCUCAAGGAUAUCGUCACCGCAGACGCUCUGGUCUCACGCGACAAGAAAGUUACCGCCUGCAAGGAGAUCAAGGCGAGGUUCGAGGAGAGGUUCAAGACCGGCAAGAAUCGUUGGUUUUUCUCGAAGCUGAGAUUCUAA